AUGAUAGUUGGCGGAGCAGGUGGUUAUGUAACAAUCAUUGAUAUCGAACAAUCAUCUCAUGAUUCAUUUUGUGCCCAUCAAAGUGAUAUUAAAGCAAUUUAUUGUUCGAAAGCUAAUCCACAUCUUUUUUGUAGUGGAGGUAUCGAUGGAUGUUGUAAACUAUGGGAUGAUCGUGCACUUAAUGAUAAUAUUCCAAUUGCAAUAUCCGCUGGUAAUGAAUAUAGUAUAAGUUAUAUCGAUGGUGACAGUUAUGAUAAAUAUAUCGUGACAACUUCUAUCGGUGGAACAAUUGCUAUUUGGGAUUUACGCCGAUUUUCUGAGAAUCUUCCAUUUAAUAUACAACAAGUGGAAAUGGAUAAAUCCGGAAUAAUAGAACGUUUUGACACAGGUCAUGAAGUGUAA